CUCCUCCCACCCACUGCCGAAGACACGCUGGAGGGUUGUGCACGCGCAGCCAGCACGCGCCCAUCACUGCACAGAGGAGAGUCCGCGUGACGCCGCCGCGAGACAAGAUGAACGACGCCACGGUGGACUCGACCACUCUCUGCUUGUUCGACGUGGACGGCACGUUAACGGCUGCGAGACAGGUUGUCACUCCAGACAUGGCGGACUUCCUGCAGAGGCUCAGGACUCGGGUUCGGGUGGGCGUGGUCGGGGGGUCGGACCUCAGUAAAAUCAAGGAGCAGCUGGGAGCGGACGUGAUCCAGAAGGUGGACUACGUGUUCGCUGAGAACGGUCUGGUGGCCUACAAGAACGGGCAGCUGCUCUCUGUGCAGUCCAUUCAGGCCCACAUGGGGGAGGAGCUUCUGCAGGACUUCAUCAACUUCUGCCUGAACUACAUGGCCACCAUCAAGCUGCCCAAGAAGAGGGGAACUUUCAUUGAGUUCCGUAACGGGAUGUUGAACGUCUCGCCGGUUGGACGCAGCUGCAGUCAGGAGGAGCGGAUCGAGUUCUACGAGCUGGACCAGAAAGAGAAGAUCAGAGAGAAGUUUGUUUCUGCGCUGAAGGAGGAGUUCAAAGGAAAAGGCCUGUCGUUCUCCAUCGGAGGUCAGAUCAGCUUCGACGUGUUUCCUGACGGCUGGGAUAAGAGGUACUGUCUGGGCAUCGUGGAGAAGGACCACUACUCCACCAUCCACUUCUUUGGAGACAAGACCAAACCUGGAGGAAACGACUACGAGAUCUUCAGCGACCCGCGGACCGUCGGCCACGAGGUUUCCUGUCCGGAGGACACCAGGCGUCUCUGCGAACAGCUCUUCUUCUGCUGAAGCUACUGGAGGCUGAAGGGGAGGAGCCUCAUCCUGACCUGGGGGAGGAGCCAAAGACUUGUUUCGGGUUUUCAUUGAUCAGUUAAAUCUAUUGAUGUUCUUUGAUCCGUCCCAUGUGACCAAGAGAGCCAAUCACCUGCAGCAACACGGGAUGUGACCUCAUUGCUUCCUGUGAGGGACACUACAGCAGCUUCCAUGGCGGCGGCGAUGAAGACUUUUCUACUGUAACCAAUAAAGAGAUCAAAGCACCUGUUGAAAAUUCUCUCUGAUCAAUUCUUCAUCUGAUCGUCUCAGCAGUCCACCUCCUCCAAUCAGGGAUCACUUCUGCACAUUCUGAGCGUUCUGUUACUUAAUGUUACUGAAUAGAAUCGCUUUGAUACUGAACUGCAGUUCAAACUAUUAUCUGUAAGAUUGUGGCUCCAUCUGUGAAGUUUUUAAGGUGGUAAUGAAAACUGAAUGCAGAAUUAAACUGACUUUUACAUUAUUUCCAUCA